UUUUUAGAUUAUUUUAAAUUUAUCUAUACAUAUAUAUAUAUAUAAACGAUAAUAAUUUACUAAUAAAAAUUAUUUUUCUUGUUUCGCUGUAAUUAAAAAAAAUUAUAUAAUUUCUAGACUUUCAUUACUGCUGCACUUAUAACAAACAUUAAAAAUGGGUUUCUAUUUUUAUUUUGGAAUAUUACUUUAUUUUGUGUGUGUAAUUAUCAAACAUACGUUUUCAGCUGGAACGUCAAAUGUCGAGGAAAAAGAGCUUUUUAAAGGUUUAACACAAGCAGAUAUAAAAUAUAUCAGUUGUAACAUAAAAUUAUCAAAUAUUAAAGAAAAUGUAAAUCAAUACUUAAUAGAACAAUAUGAAUUGGAUGAUACGGAGGUAAAAGACAUUUUUGAUCAAGUUGAUGGAGCUACAACACUUGCUAUGAUUUUGAAAAUCGUUUCAAAUCAUUCAUAUUCAGAGUCUGGAGUGAUAAGAUUUACUGUAGAUCAAGUAACAUAUUGUACAAAAAUAAUUAUAGAAAAUGAUGUUGAUAAAGACGGAUUUUUAACAAUUGAUGAACUAACUACAGUAUUAUGUAAAUUUAUUGAUGGAAAAAUCGUUAAAGUAAUUGGUACUUUCGAAACAUAUUUUCAAAAACGACAUUUACUAUGUUACAUGCUUACUAUUUUCGAAUAUCUUUUGCCAGAACAACCCAUAAUAUAGUAUAACAAACAAUAAAAGAAAACAUAACAAAUCAUUAAUUAUCAUCAAAAAAUGUUUUUUGUUAAAAAUUAUUGUUAUAUUUUAAGAUUAUAAAC